AGGAUAUACACAGCAAUAACAAUGGGUACCGGAACCACUGAAAGACCCAAGAUCAAGAAUAAGCAGAUUAGACAGAAGCUCUUUGCUGAGUUGAAAGCGAAGAAGAACAAAGAUCGUCAUAAGCUUCGAGCAUCUAGAGCCAAGGAAGAGAAGGAGAACCCAGCGUUGAAAGAAGAGAGAUUGAAAACCGCCGUUACCGAGACAAUUGAAUCUAAGAGAGUAUUUGAUGAAACUGUUGGUGCAGACGUCGAAGGUGAAGAUGAUUUCAGUUCGUACUUUGACGGUCGUGAACCAAAGAUUUUGUUAACCACCAAUGCUAAUGCAAGAAAGGCUGCGUAUGAGUUUGCAGAUAUGUUGAUGGAGGUGUUACCAAACGUUACGUUUAUCAAACGCAAAAGAGAAUUCUCGAUGAAGGACAUGUCGAAGUUCUGUGCUAAUAGAGAAUACACAGAUCUAAUAGUGAUCAACGAAGAUAAAAAGAACGUGAACGGUAUCACUUUUAUCCAUUUACCAGAUGGACCAACUUUCUAUUUCUCAAUCACAUCGCUUAUACCUGGUAAGAAAAUCAAAGGACACGGUAAAGCCACUGAUCACAUCCCGGAGUUGGUUUUGAACAACUUUACAACGAGACUGGGUAAGACUGUAGGAAGACUUUUCCAGUCGUUAUUCCCCCACAGACCAGAAUUUGAAGGAAGAAACGUCGUUACGUUACACAACCAAAGAGACUACAUCUUCUUCAGAAGGCAUAGAUAUGUCUUUAGAAACGAGGAGAAAGUUGGGUUGCAAGAACUUGGACCACAGUUCACGAUGAAGCUGAGAAGGGUACAGAAGGGAAUAAAGGAGGAAAUCGAAUGGGAGCACAGACCAGAUAUGGAGAGGGACAAGAGAAAAUUCUACCUCUGAACAUUUCCGCUGUGUACAUAUGGUUCAACUUAUCAUCAAAUGGAUAUAACUGCGUAU